AUGGCCCGGAAGCACGGCUGGCAGCUGCCGGCCCACACCCUGCAGAUUGUUGCGAUAACGGUUUUCUUCCUUCUGGUGGUCGCAUUUUAUGCCUUCUUUGCACCAUUUCUGGGAACACAAGUCCUCGAGUAUGUUGCAAUCGGUGUUUAUACUCCUGUGGCACUUGCGGUUUUCAUCCUUUACAUCCGAUGCACAAGUAUAAACCCUGCAGAUCCUGGGAUUAUGUCAAAAUUUGAGGAUGGCUUUAUCAAUGUACCAGCCAACAGUGCUGGAGUCGAAGGAAUGAAUUUUCCCCAGAAAGAAAACAAUGCUACUGGAACAAACUCCCCAACGUCUACUUGUAGAAGCUCUCUGGAUGGGCAUUCCAAUCAGAGAGGUUCAUCUUUAGGGGAGACGAACAUAAAUCUAGGAUCACAACAGCCAAAGAAAAGAUCAAGCUGUUGGUUGAUAGGUGGGCUUCUGUGUGCUAUAUUUGUCAAGGAGGACUGCCGGAAACCUGAUGACUCAGAGCAACAAGCAAAUGGUGAAGAGGCUCUGUUUUGCACAUUAUGUAAUGCUGAGGUUCGCAAGUUCAGCAAACACUGCAGAAGCUGUGACAAGUGUGUGGAUGGAUUUGAUCAUCAUUGUCGGUGGCUGAAUAACUGUGUUGGCCGGAAGAACUAUUUCACGUUUCUUUCUCUGAUGGCAAUCAGUCUUAUUUGGCUUGCAAUUGAAUUUGGAGCGGGCAUUGCUGUUAUUGUACUCUGCUUUGUCGAUAAGAAUGCAUCAAGAAAUAUCCAAGACAAGCUGGGGAAUGGCUUGACUCCUGCUCCAUUUGCUGUUAUUGUGGGAAUAUUUACCUUACUUUCAUUGGUGGCCUGCAUACCUUUAGGGGAACUUUUCUUCUUCCACAUAAUAUUGAUAAGAAAGGGGAUCACAACUUAUGAUUAUGUUGUUGCAAUGAGAGCUAUGAGUGAGGCAGCUCCAGAGGAUGAGGAAGGAGCAAACAUUAUUUACUCCCCAUCAAAUUCAGCGACAACUGGCUUCAGUGUAGGAAGUUCACUUGGUCUUCACCACAAGGGUUCUUGGUGUACACCUCCAAGGAUAUUUAUUGAUCAUGAUGAAGUGAUCCCACAUUUGGAUCCUGGAAUGGUGCCUUCAACUGUGGACCCUGAUGCUGCUGGAUAUGCUGAGAGAGCAAACAAAGCCAAAAAGGCAGUUAAAAUCAGUGCUCGGAGCCUUGCAAAGCUGGAUAAAAAUGAGGUAAUGAAAGCUGCUGCAAAAGCUCGGGCAUCAUCCUCAGUUCUGCGACCAAUUGAUACCCGACGUGGUCAUGAAGCUGAUGUUGUCUCCAGCGGCAAUGCAAGCAUCAGGAGUAGCAUGAGUGUCGACUACAGUGGCACAAAGGAAUCAAACAGUGAAAUGAGACUUUCUCCACUUCAGAAUUCAUACCCCCAAAGUCUUGCAAGCCAGGACGACUACGAGACCGGCACACCAACUGCGAGCAGUUUAAGUAGCCCGGUCCACAUCCACAAGCUUGCCUCUCAUUCUCAGUUCAGUGCAGCGCCUCACCCUCCACCACCUGAGAGGCCUGCACCGGGGAUGAUGCGGCCACCUGUUCCCACCACACAAGGGAUACCUCGGCCACCUGUUCCCACCACACAAAUAACCAACCCGAUGUUCCAGUCAGCUACAUCUUAUGUUCGAGAGAACCGAAGAGCUUCUGUUGUCUGGGAUCAAGAGGCUGGUCGGUACGUGUCGGUUCCUGCCCAAACAAGAAUUGGACCUGGCGUCGAGCAGGCAGCAAGAAACCCACGUUUCUUGGCGAACCCAAGUGGUGAGCCAAGCAGCCACGGGAGAAGCCUUGCGCCUGGGAACACCUCAUCCUCAGCGAUGCCAUCAGGGCAACCAUCAGAGAGGCUGACAUAUUCUGGGCAAUCGAUAUUCUUCGGUGGCCCCAUACUGAGCACCCCUGGCAUCAACGCCCAGAGGAACGAGGCGGUCGCAAGAGCACGCCCCGAGGGAAGCAGAGAUCCCAAUGCCCAGCAGCGUGACAUCCGGGGCGAGAAAGCGCGGACAGGAUCUUUGCCUGUGUUUGCUCCCGGGACGUUCCAGAGGAACCCAGCGUAUGACAAGUGACAUGCUCCUGCCCUUGAUGUUCGUCUGAAGUGCCAUGCCAUUGCGCGGGAACGCAUACAACCUGAAGAGUUGACACUUGACAAGAGUUGAAAGGCUGCUCUUCUGGGGUUGCUAGACGGACGGCUGUACAAGCAGGCGUUGGAAUGCGGCUGCUUGCAGGAGAUAACGAAAGCACAAAUAUCGCUCCGUCUCUGCUGACCUUUUUCAGUGUUGGGAGAGCGAUGGAGCGACUGAUGUAAAAUGCCUUCGUGUUAGGAAUUCUUCAGAUGUUUGAUGCAUGACAGAUAGGAAGAGCUAAUUGUUUCCUGAUGUCAAAUGCCAAUUUGCAGCUGACUUUGUGUAGUGUGCUAGUGUUCAUUUCAGUCACCGUUUUGUGUGCGCCAUCGCAUCUUAUUCGACAUGUAAAAAGGUUCUUCCAGGUGCACUUGCGGACAGUGCUCGUUUGCUUGCUGGUGUUCUUGAAUCUCGA